UAGUGAAUCAACACGCCCGCAGGUGUCAGCGGGGAGGCAAAUGACAAAUGGUGUCAAACGACGUUGAAUCACUUCUGCAAUAAAUGCAGAUUUUGCGAAGUUAUUCUAGUUAAUCUAGAAUCGAGAUAAUUGGGAAUCGAUUAGAAACCAAUAAGAGUUCAGACCGGAUAUUUUCCUCGUAAAUGUAACAGUUUUGUGUCAGUUUUGUGUAGAAAUCGAUAAGUUCGAGUCGACCCUCGUACCUUGCGCGCAGGUUUCUCUGUCGUCUAUUAUUUCUUUCUCCGAAUAUCUUUGGCGACAAGAUGUCUACAUCCGUCACAGCCAAACUUCAAGAUGACAUGAAUAGCAUACCGCUAGCAGACGAUGACCCACAAGUGAUUAUUCCUGAAGAAGAAAUUUUGGAUAACAGCUGUGACUGUCGCAGCAUGGACUCCAUUCCUUCGACGUUCACAAAUGGUAGCUGUAGUCCGAAUAGUUUGGAUCCAGAUAUUAGCCCUGAUGAACAGGAAGAGAAGGCUAGAUUGAUUGCUCAAGUUCUUGAACUACAGAAUACUUUAGAUGAUUUGUCACAGAGAGUGGACAGUGUAAAAGAAGAAAACCUGAAAUUGAGAAGCGAGAAUCAAGUACUCAAUCAGUAUAUCGAGAACUUGAUGUCUGCAUCUAGUGUUUUCCAGUCCACCAGCCCAAACACCAAGAAAAAGUGAAUUUAUGUCUUAAGCUAGAGAAAAAUUCCGAACAAACAGGGAUCUUGAAAUAAUGUGAUCGUCGGCUCUUCGUAAAAAGUGUGUAUAUGCUUUCAUUUUAUAACAUCUUAUUUAAAACAAGUUAUAGGAGAAAGAACAAAUUUAUUGUAGAUAUAAAAGAUUUCAAGAUGCCGUAUUAUAGAUGUGCUUAUUCAGGCAGUUCGUGUUUUGUCAGUAUGUACAUACAUUUUACGAAGACGAUAUAUAUGAGCGAGAAUAUGAUUGUUUUCUCUUAAGACAUUUUGGACCAUGUCCAUUUGAACAUUCGUGGAUCGAACUGUAUAUUUACUUUUUCUUUCAGUCACUUCAUACGCUUUUUGCUUCAAAAGCAUCGCGCUUGUAAUUAUUAUAUAUUGCCAAAGAAUUCCAUUUUGCAUUUUACUACAAUUUUAUUUAUUGAUUUAUAAUAGAUGUAUAAGAGGUGAAUAAUCUCAAUGAUUAUCCACUAAGUUUAUGCAAAUUUGUAAGCAGAAGAAAUGGAAUUAAUUCUUCCAAUGCUAUACACUUGUACAUAUAAGUUUUUAUUUUCCAUAAAUCUUUUUAUAUAUAAAAUUAUACUUUCUUAAGUUGUUAUUAUUAUUAGUUUAUGGAUCUCUAUGCAAAGAUUAUAAUUUUUUAUAGAUCAUUUUAUAGAAAACCGUUAAGAGAAGAAUUUAUUUUACUAAUUGAAAGAUUCAUUAAGAUUAAAGUAAUGUAAAAAUGUUAUUAAUAUUUUUGUUAAAUAGAUUUUGUGAGAACAGUUAUUAUUAAGGACAUGUAACUGUUUUAAUCAUUAAACAUUAGUCAAUUAGCAUCGAAAGAAUUAAUUCCGAAGCUGGAACGAUAUCCAUAAUUUACAUACGAAUAUUACUUUAUUAGCAUUUUGUCUCAGAUAAAUUUUAUUUAUAUUUUAAAUUGCGUUUGUUGAAGUUAAUUGCUGGCAGCAUAUUUGAUAUUUACGGAAUAAGAUGCGAAGGUAAAAUAAGUGUUUGUAGUUACCGUAUUUAAUCGGACACCGCCGUUUUUUAAUUGAGGCUUUCGCUUAAGAGUUUCGAUAUACCUGUAUACAAUGUAUGUAGGUGUACAAAAGAGAUAAAUAGUAAUUACAUAUAAAUAUAUUAUAUUACAUACAAUUAUAAUAUAUAAUAAAAUACAGAUCGGCGUUCGUACGAUUGUUGCGAGCGAAGUGUAAAAUUCAAAUUAUGAUCGAAUCAGAUCGGGACACUUUGUUUGCAGCAUGAUCGAUCAACGACUAAUAUUAAUAAAAAAGAAAAUAAAUUGAAGAAUGUACUGCAAUUUGUAACUGCAACUUGCGAUGAAGGUUCAGUUGAAGGGCACAAGCAGAAUGCACAAUCCCAAACUAUUCCGUUGUUGAGUAACAGUGUUAUAAUAAACAUUAUAUUCUAUUGGAA